AUGAUACCUGAAUUUGAUUUUCUGAAACCUCAAGCUUUGACAGAAAGUGUUUCGUGGUAUGGUGAGAGCCAAAAAAUUGCAACUGCGGUUUUUUCCUUAGCAGUAAAAAUUCAGCCGUGCUUUAUAUUUAUCGACGAAAUUGACUCUCUCUUUCGUUCCAGAAAAUCAAACGACCAUGAAGCGACCGCUAUGGUGAAGGCCCUUUUCAUGUCGCACUGGGAUGGUCUAACCACAGACAAUAAAAAAAGUUGCGUCGUUGUUUUAGGUACAACGAACCGACCUCAGGACGUCGAUGAAGAUAUCGUACGUCGAAUGCCUGCAUUUUUCCACAUAGGACUUCCGGGUACAGAACAGCGUCGGCAGAUUGCACAAACAAUCUUGAAAAACGAACCCUUAGCUACUGAUACGUACGAAAAUGACAACGUCGAUCUGGAGCAACUGGCACGAUUAACUGAAGGUUUUUCGGGCAAGGACAUCAGAGAACUUUGUCGAACUGCGGCUGUUUAUGGAAUGCGUGAGCGUUUGAAAAGUACGACCAACAAUACCCGCGUAGAAAAAGGUAUCGCCAUGGAAAACUUAUUGCUGGCGCAUAAGAAUUUGCGUGAGUCAAAAUUGUCAUUGUCUCGCAUCGAUUUAGAUUAA